AGUUUUACGGGCAGAUUGUUAAUGUACUUGUCCAAAUUUGAAAACCUGUGCGUAAAACAAAGUGAAACUUUUGUUGGGAUUCGUUUUUUCACUUGUCCUUUGAAGUUUUACUUGUACUACGAGUCCCAGCACACAUUUCGUUUUUUAGCUUACGAACCUAAUAUGGUGUAUAAAUCUCAUUUAUUUACACAAAAAGCUAGAAUAAGAAGUAUUAUAACUGAAAAGGUAAUUAGUAACUACCACUAAAAAUAUUUUUAAUGACUGUGUGGUGGUUGCGCGUCCUUACUAAAUUGUUUAGUUAUAACCGUGGUAGGGCAUAUACUUUACCGUUAUUAUAACUAUACAAAUCUGAAUGUGAGAAUUCAACAUAUUUACUAUGACUUACGAUUGGUAUGGUGUGUGACGUGUCAGCCGAUAUGAAAAUAUUGUGGAAUCAGUCAGUAUGAGCAAAUAACUUUAUUCAUAUUCACAUUGAAACUUUUAACAGUACAAUUAUACAUAGCCCCUUGGCUAAGGUAUUAAAUGUAUUUUUAAAUAGUUUAAACCAAUCAGUAAUACUAACAUUAAUUAUUGUUCUUUCAGAUUACAAGAAAGUUCAUUGCGCAGAAGUUCAAGGUUGUCGGCAAAAAAACAAAAUGGAAGGGCUGUUGUAAGCGACACUACUUCUUGGAGUUGUAGUUCAUGUUUAGAUAUUUUCGCUUCGUUGGCAGAAUAUAAGGAACACAAAAAGUUUCAUAAAACUCUUGCGGCUAUUGCUUUAAAACAAGAAGACAGUAUUUCCGAUAAAACAGAAAAUAUUCUUAAAACGGCUGAUAAAUCUUCUGAAGAUUCCGCCGAAAGUUCAGACGAGUCAUACAAAACAGAAUCCGAAUAUGAAGCAUCUGAAAACAGUAGUGUAUCAGACAGUGAUUCGGAUGAAUCGCAGAGUAAUAAAAAACCUGUUUCAAACAAAAGGAAUAUUAGGUUACCUGUAAAUUCGUCAAAAGAGCAAUUAAGAUCGGACCAGUCGAUUGAGGUACAAAAUACGAACAGAGAAACAAAAAUCAAUGAAUAUAAGUGCAACUACUGUAAUUGGACGACCAAAAUAUCCUCCAAAAUGGUAAAGCAUUUGGAAAAAAAUCAUUUAAAUGAAAGAUGUUUUAGAUGCACUUCGUGUCCUAAAAAUUCUUUUACUUUCGAAGAAUUGCAAAAUCAUUUCAAAAGCUUUCACCGCAAAAGCUCCGUUCUUCAAAUGACAUAUACUAAAUCAUUUAAUUCUGAUUCCACAGAUACUGGAGAUUAUUUAGUGGUCGCAAAUGCCAGUACACCCUCAGAAAAAGAGGAAACUGUUGAUAGGUCUUCGGAUCAGAAUAAAAUUGAUUCAGCUGUAAUUCAGCAUUUGCUAGAGAAUAAGACCACGAAGGGGAAUCAUUUUGAAACACAAAAUAAUCUAUCCGCAAAUCUGACUGGGUCGAAUAGCAAAGCGAUGAGCUCGAAUACGAAUAAUAAUUACCAUUUUAAAUACCAUGACGGUAAUACUGCAGAGGAAUCUCCUGAUUCUAGUAAUAUUAAUGGUAACUCUAAUAAUAUUGAAACAAACAGUUUUGGAGAAAUGAUUGAAAACGAUAGCGAUAAGGCAAUAUGUGCUUUUUGUGAAAUGAAGUUCAAGCAUCCUUUAUUGCUCAAAAAUCACUUGAAAUCAACACAUAACAAAAAAGGACCAUUUAAAUGCGCCAUUUGUCCGAAGGAAUACUCCGGUUAUCAAGGCCUUGACGGUCAUUUUGCAAUGCAGCACACCGGCAAGAAGUUUAAAUGUUACCAAUGCAAACAAGGUUUCGAUUCGAAAGAAGAAGUAGCUUAUCACAGAAAAGCGCAUCAUCGAAACUAUUGCGACAUUUGUCAAACAUAUUAUGCUGUUACGCCUUAUUGUCAUAAUAAGGACGUGCACGCAGAGGACAAGAUUAAAUGCACGAUUUGUGAUAAAACAUAUAACGGAAAAAGAAGGUUGAGGAUUCACAUUAGAAGAGUUCAUCCAAGAACAAAAUAUCCGUGUUCGGUAUGUGGUAAAAAGUUCAAAAGAAAUGCUGUUUUAAACGAACAUUACACGCGCAAACAUACUGAAAUUAAGACUACGGUAUGUCAAGAAUGCGGUAAAGAAAUUAAUGCGAAUUAUUUAAGAGCACAUUUAAAAGCACAUAGACGAAUGCUGUUCUGCAAAAUUUGCAAAAAAUCUUAUAAAACAUAUCGAGCAGUACAGUAUUGUGAGGACAAACAUAAUAAUAUCAGAAGAUACAAGUGUACCAUGUGCGAUAAAAGCUAUUUUUCACCUGGAAGCCUUAUCAUCCAUAGACGUCUUCACACCGGAGAGAAACCGUAUUCCUGUUCAGUAUGUAGCAGAUCCUUUUAUACGGUGCAAAUUUUGUAUAAACAUAGCUUAAGCCAUAAGAGAGUAAAAUGAAGUUAAUAACUUUGUUGUUGAUACCACAUUACAAAAGUUUGUUGUUGUUUAACUUGGUAAUGUGGUAAUUAUAGUAUACGCAUGUAAUUUGUCAAUAUAUUUCUUUUUUUACCUUGCAAAACCAA